AUGGCUCACUCCUAUCUUCUACUCCUCUUCCUACUACUGUUCAUCACCUUCAACUCCAGCUUGCAACAAUCCAUGGCGCAGACUGACGACAGCGAGCUAGCAACACUCCUAACAAUCAAGAAAGACUGGGGCAACCCAUCUGCGCUGGGCUCAUGGAGUUCCCACAACGCUUCCUACUGCAGAUGGGCAGGGGUCAAAAGGUGCGUGAACGGCCACGUGUCCGCCCUGUCCUUCCAAAACCUCAGCAUAACCAAUCCAGUCCCAGCUUCCAUUUGCAACCUCAAGAACCUGUCAUAUCUAGACCUUUCCUACAACAACCUCACCGGCCAGUUCCCGACGGCGCUCUACGGCUGCUCAGCUCUUCAGUUCCUUGACCUGUCCAACAAUCACUUCUCCGGUGCCCUCCCAGCUGACAUCGACAAAAAACUGUCGUCGUCGGCGAUGGAGCACCUCAACCUGUCAAGCAAUGGCUUCACAGGCAGCGUGCCGUUGGCAAUCGCCGGGUUCCCGAAGCUCAAGUCGUUGGUCCUCGACACUAAUAGCUUCAAUGGGAGCUACCCGGGUGCCGCCAUCGGCAACCUCACGCAGCUCGAGACGCUAACCCUGGCAAGUAACCCCUUCGCGCCAGGCCCCAUCCCUGACGAGUUUGGCAAGUUGAAGAAGCUGAAGAUGCUUUGGAUGUCAGGGAUGAACCUGACUGGUGGCAUCCCUGGCAACCUGUCGUCGCUCACUGAGCUGACGACUCUGGCUCUGCACGUAAACAAACUCCACGGUGAAAUCCCGCCGUGGGUUUGGAAGCUUCAGAAGCUUGAGAUCCUGUACCUUUACGAUAACAGCUUCACCGGUGCAAUUGGGCCAGAUAUCACCGCCGUGAGCCUGCAAGAGAUCGACCUGUCCACGAACUGGCUCACCAGGCACAUACCGGAGAGCAUCGGCAGUUUGAGGAACUUGUCGUUGCUCUACUUGUACUUCAACAACCUCACCGGCCCGAUCCCGUCGAGCGUCGGGCGGCUCCCGAACCUCGCGGACAUCCGGCUGUUCAGCAACAGGCUCUCCGGCCCGCUCCCGCCGGAGCUCGGGAAGUACUCGCCGCUGGGCAACCUUGAAGUGAGCAACAACUUCCUCAGCGGCGAGCUCCCGGACACCCUCUGCUUCAACAAGCAGCUCUACGACAUCGUGGUCUUCAACAACAACUUCUCCGGCGCGUUCCCGGCGAUUCUCGGGGACUGCGUGACGGUGAACAACAUCAUGGCGUACAACAACCACUUCACCGGAGAGUUCCCCGAGAAGGUAUGGUCGGCGUUCCCAGCGCUGACGACUGUUAUGAUUCAGAACAACAGCUUCACUGGCACUAUGCCCAGUGUGAUAUCCUCCAAAAUCACACGGAUCGAGAUGGGGAACAACCAAUUCUCCGGCGACGUGCCGACCUCCGCACCGGGGUUGAAGAAUUUCCGGGCGGCAAACAACCAAUUCUCCGGUCCUCUAACGAAGAAAAUGUCGGGGCUCGGCAACCUCACGGAGCUGCACCUCGCCGGGAACCGGAUAUCUGGCUCGAUUCCACCUUCCAUCCAAUCACUGGGAGCUCUGAAUUACCUGAACCUUAGCAGCAAUCAGAUAUCAGGGCCACUCCCGGCAGAGAUCGGGUCGCUGCUGGUGCUCACCAUCCUUGAUCUCUCCAACAACGAGCUCACCGGAGAAAUACCUCAGGAGUUCAACAACCUCCAUCUCAGUUUCCUCAACCUCUCUUCCAACCAACUCACCGGCGAGCUCCCCCAGUCGCUGCAGAGCUCGGCGUUCGAAGACUCGUUCCUGGGAAACCGUGGCAUCUGCGCCGCGGUGAACCUGAAUAUAAACAUUCCGGCGUGCCGGUACCGCCACCACAGCCAGAUGUCAACUGGCCUGGUCAUCCUGUUCUCCGUUCUCGCCGGCGCCAUCCUCAUCGGCGGCGUCGGGUGUUUCAUCGUCCGGCGGAAGAAGCAACAAGGCCGUGACGUGACAUCGUGGAAGAUGAUGGCGUUCCGCAAGCUGGACUUCAGCGAGUGCGACGUGCUCACCAACCUCCGCGAGGAGGACGUGAUCGGCAGCGGCGGCUCCGGCAAGGUGUACCGCGUCCACCUCCCGGGACGCGGGCGCGGGCGCGGCUGCGCCGGCACGGUGGUGGCUGUGAAGAAGCUGUGGAGCAGGGGGAAGGCCGAGGAGAAGCUCGACCGGGAGUUCGACACGGAGGUGAAGAUCCUGGGCGACAUCCGGCACAACAACAUCGUGAGCCUCCUCUGCUACAUCUCGAGCGAGGACACCAAGCUGCUGGUGUACGAGUACAUGGAGAACGGCAGCCUCGACCGGUGGCUGCACCCCAAGGACAACCCGGCGGCCACGGCGGCGCUGGACUGGCCGACGCGGCUGGGCAUCGCCAUCGACGCGGCGAGAGGGCUCAGCUACAUGCACGACGAGUGCGCGCAGCCCAUCAUGCACCGGGACGUCAAGUCCAGCAACAUCCUGCUCGACCCGGAGUUCCAUGCCAAGAUCGCCGACUUCGGGCUCGCCCGGAUCCUGCUCAAGUCCGGCGAGCCCGAGUCCGUGUCCGCCGUUGGCGGCACCUUCGGAUACAUGGCUCCAGAGUGUGGACGCGGCGCGAAGGUGAACCAGAAGGUGGACGUGUACAGCUUCGGCGUGGUGCUGCUGGAGCUGGCGACGGGGCGGGUGGCCAACGACAGCAGCAAGGACGCCGCCGAGUGCUGCCUGGUGGAGUGGGCGUGGCGGAGGUACAAGGCGGGGGGAACUCUCCACGACGUCGUCGACGAGAGCAUCCAGGACAGGGCCGUGUACGCCAAGGACGCCGUGGCCGUGUUCGUGCUCGGGGUCAUGUGCACCGGGGACGAUGCGCCGUCGCGGCCGUCGAUGAAGCAAGUGCUGCAGCAACUCGCCCGGUACGACCGCACCGCCAGCGUAGCCGGCGCGUGCCGGGACGGCCGCGACGUCGAACUGGGACCAGUGCCCAAGGGAAAGCAAGGUCAUCACCAAGCUGCCAAGAGAUCGUAUGACGUCGGAGCGUUCUUGGGUGGCGACGAGGAGAGCGGCAACUUCGUGGCUCGUCCUGUUUAA